UCUCAUUUGACACAGUUUGGGGGGUGGGAGGAAGUUUGCAGGUCUGGGUCCCGGGCCUCUCUGCAGCCCCCAGCUGGCCUGCCCCCCGCCUGCCUGGAGGAGGCAUGGCCCGCAUGAACCGCCCGGCCCCGGUGGAGGUGAGCUACAGGAACAUGCGCUUCCUUAUCACGCACAACCCCACCAACGCCACGCUCAGCACCUUCAUUGAGGACCUGAAGAAAUAUGGGGCCACCACUGUGGUGCGCGUGUGCGAAGUGACCUACGACAAGGCCCCGCUGGAGAAGGAUGGCAUCACCGUGGUGGACUGGCCCUUCGAUGACGGGGCGCCUCCGCCCGGCAAGGUGGUGGAAGACUGGCUGAGCCUGCUGAAGGCCAAGUUCUGCGAUGACCCGGGCAGCUGUGUGGCCGUGCACUGCGUAGCGGGCCUGGGGAGGGCUCCGGUCCUCGUGGCACUGGCCCUCAUUGAAAGUGGGAUGAAGUAUGAAGACGCAAUCCAGUUCAUCCGGCAGAAGCGCCGUGGAGCCAUCAACAGUAAACAGCUCAGCUACCUGGAGAAGUACCGGCCCAAGCAGAGGCUGCGGUUCAAAGACCCGCACGCACACAAGACCAAAUGCUGCGUCAUGUAGCGCAGGAGCCUGGCCAGGCCCAGCUCUGUGAUGGCCGCGUCGGUCAAGGCCUGUCCUGGCUGCCUUGUGUCAUCCCGUGGCCUCCCCCGGGCUGCGUGCACCUGUGUCUGAGGAGGCCGUGGCGGUGUGCGGUCUCUCUGUCUUCCUGUCUGUCUGCAGCUCCACCCACGUGCCCCAGGGCCCACGGCUGCCUCUCUGAGGCCGGUUGGCCCUCUGUCCUGGACUUGUGGGCAGCACGCUGUCCCGGCUGCAGGCUGCCCUUGGCCUGCUCGCUGUGGGGCAUGUGUUUUUUUAACCACUGGCCCUUUUUGGCAAUCCCUCAUCUGUUCUCGGCACCUCGUUAUUGGAUCCCGGGGCGUCAGAUGCUCUGGACA